ACCACAACAAACAUUAACAAUUGUCGAACGGGGCGUCGUUUUUACAGUUUCUAUUGAUAUUCUGGCAUUAAUACGGAAACCUACGGUGGGCAGAAAUGUCUGGAAAGGCAAAGGAUAUUCUGCAGCUGGACCUUUAUGGUUUGCUUGGGAUUGAAAACACUGCUACAGCGAAGGAGAUCAAAAAAGCCUAUCGACAGAAAGCUUUGAAAUGCCAUCCAGAUAAGAACCCCGACAACCCAAAAGCAGCGGAGCUCUUCCACCAGUUGUCUCAGGCUCUGGAGGUGCUUACCGAUGCUGCUGCCAAGGCCGCCUAUGACAAGAUUUGCGCUGCCAAAAAACAAGCAGAAGAACGAAACCGCAAACUUGAUGACAAGAGAAAGAAAAUUAAGCUUGACCUUGAGGCAAGAGAGCGACAAGCAGAAGCUCAUACCCAAGAUGAAGUGCAAAUCACAAGAACACUUGACGAACAGAUUACUCGUUUGAGGGAGGAGGGAUCUAGACAACUUGAGGAAGAACAGAGGCUCAUCAGAGAGCAGAUCCAAAGGGAAAGAGAAGAACAGCAGAACACAGACUGGGCCAGCACCAUGGAGUUCUGUCUUGCCUGCCUCAACUCUGGAUUGGGGAGAUGUUCCAGUAGCAACGUCACCCCUAAAUUAAAGUUGAAGUGGAAGUGUAAAAAGGAUGAUUGUACAAAUGGUGGCUACUGUCAAGACUUCAUUCUUAAACUUCUACGAAAGUACGGAGAUGUUUUGAAUGUAAUCGUAUCAAGUAAGAAGAAAGGAAGCGCUGUGGUUGAAUUUGCAACUGUGAGGGCAGCUGAGCUGGCAGUAAAGAAUGAAAGUGGCCUGAGUGAAAAUCCAUUGAAGAUUUUGUGGCUUGAAGGCCAGCCAGAAGUUGCUCCUGCAUCUCAGUGCAUGUCUACACAGGUGUGUUGCCGUUGAAAGUCUUUGCAUGAGGGAUAAACCAGGAUAGUUGCCAGCCGUCAGAUGAUAUCAUCCAGGUUGCCAAGUGAGUUAGUUCUUUAGUCACCAGUAUCAAAGUAAGUCCUGCCGGAUGCUUGGCUGCACGUAUUACCUAUGGGAGAGGGUGGGCGCACGGUUAAAGCUACUGAUUAAGGUACUGAUCCAGCGAAAGACUGAAGUACACAACUACUGCCCAGUGUGUAAUUGCAUUAUAGAUUGAAAGGGUGAGAGUGGUUGAAUUUCAAUAGUGCAACAAGUUGUGUUUUAGAGUGUGCCUGCUCCAUAGCGUGUGUCUGCCUUUGUGAAAAGCCGGAAGUCACGGCCAGUGAGCAGACAGGCCAGCUGCCCAGAGGAGGAGGUUAACCGAUCCCUAAUCUCCAUGACAUUGUCCCGCUAGUCUGCUGAUUUCCUGACUGCUGUUGGCUUGUCUAAAGCCCAUAAGUAUUACCACUCUCCAGGCCCUUCUGCCUGACUGGAGGCCUACAGCUUCCCUGUUUAAUCAAAGCACAGUAUCACACACAGACAUGUUGCACUGGUUACACAAGAGAGAUAAGCGCAAGAGUGUUGACUGUGUACAGUUGUAAUUGUCGCAUCUCCUGACUUUGGAAUGUAAUAGUGAUAAAGGAAUGGUAAUUAUAUAUAUAUAAAAAAAAAAAAACCUUUACUGGUGUGAAGGACAGGCCAUUGUUAUCUUUUUACUGGCAUCUCUUGCAACUUGUGUUGAAAAGCCUUUUCAGAUGCUUUUUUCCCUUUCACUUAUUUCAUUCAGUUGACAGAUUGAGGUUACCACCCUGCUCUGAUACUACCAUCAUGUUUAUGAAACUGAGUUCGUCCAUGUUCAGUGCUUUCCUUUUGUUCCGUAAUAAUAAACAUCCAGGAUGCAAUGGAAAUGGACAAAUGAUAUCUCUCACAUUGAUCUGUUAAUCAAUAGGCUUUGCCCCUCUUGUUCUCUCGCUACACACUCUGAUGCCAGAACACCAGACGCAAUUACUCACGCAAAUGAAAUUAUCAUAACAUUUACUCAACAGGGAAACACAACAUUAAUGAAAAUUUGUCCUCUGAGAAGCCCUCUCCUACAUCCACCUAUAACCACAGAAAUAGAACUACUUUCAUGCUCUUGUCUGCAAUCAGACUGAAGCCAGUGUUAUUUAAGGUAUUUGGGAAUGAGAUCCCGGCCCCACCUGUGUGGAGUUUGCAUGUUCUCCCCGUGCCUGCGUGGGUUUUCUCCGGGUACUCCUGUUUCCUCCCACAUCCCAAGAACAUACGUGGUAGGUCGGUUGAGGACUCUAAAUUGCCCGUAGGUGUGAAUGUGAGUGUGAAUGGUUGUUUGUUUAUAUGUGCCCUGCGAUUGGUUGGUGACCAGUUCAGCGUGUACCCCACCUCUCACCCG